UAAUUGCUGUUUGCUUGCAGGUUUGUCAGCAAUACGAAUUUUAUAAUGAUAAGAAAGUUGGCAGGCCUAUAAAAUUUAAUGCCCUAUUGACCACAUACGAAGUGGUCCUUAAGGACAAGGCAGUUCUGUCUAAGAUUAGGUGGAACUAUUUGAUGGUAGACGAAGCACAUAGGUUAAAGAACAGUGAAGCACAGCUGUAUACAACUCUUUCGGAAUUUAGCACCAAAAAUACAUUGCUUAUUACUGGUACUCCAUUACAGAACAGUGUGGAAGAGCUAUGGGCUCUGCUUCAUUUCCUUGACCGUGACAAAUUUAAGAGUAAGGAAGAUUUUGUUCAGAACUACAAGAAUCUUAGCUCAUUCAACGAAAAUGAGCUUGCUAAUCUUCACAUGGAAUUGAGGCCUCAUAUUCUCCGACGAGUAAUCAAGGAUGUAGAGAAAUCUUUGCCUCCAAAAAUUGAGCGCAUACUAAGGGUUGAAAUGUCCCCUCUUCAGAAACAGUACUAUAAGUGGAUUUUGGAGCGUAACUUUCAUGACCUGAACAAAGGAGUUCGUGGGAAUCAGGUUCUUACAGAUACCUUAUUCAGGCUUGACAAUUUUUUUUGCAGGGCUGUCAGUUUUAUCUUAGGGUUUCAUUUUCUUUAUGGUUUUCUUUUUUUUUUCUUUAUCAUUGUUUUUUUAUAGAUUUCUUUUUAUUAUUGUCAAGAACCGAACUAGAAACUGCUUUUAGCGACAUUUUCUGGGAAGAUUGUUAUUGUUGUUUACCAAGGAGGUACUGUUUAUGUCUAAAAAUAAGUUGUAGGAUUAAUUAGGAAACAAAAUAUCGACUACGUAUAUGAGAGCUACUACGCUCAUCCUUGGACUAUUGUGUGGAAGGGGUAACUUCCCCUUCAUAUUUUUUUUUCCAACCAAAAUAUAGAUGAAUGAAUCAAAACUAUGACCUGCUUCCUUAUUUUUUUUGCCAUUAUUCUGACCUAUUCAUAAUUACCCAAAUUGCACUAUCACUGGGUCAUGGUAUGGGUACAGUUAUGGAAGAUAUUAGAUGCACAAUUUAGGUCAAAAGAAUGUAGGUUUAGUUGGUAUAUUUGUUUGAUUCAAAAUGCAAUUGAGCAGUGUAUCGGGAGCAGUCUGUGAACUUCAAUGAAUCAGUUCAUUGAGAGUGUUAUUGUCCUUGCUUUUUUUACCUCUUCUAACCAAGAAGGUGUCACCAUAAAGACUGAUAUUCAUUUCUCUCAAGGACUCAGUUUCUUCUAGAUACCCUGCUGCCAUUUUUCCUUGCUGUUCAUUCGUUUCUCUUCUUGGGAGUGCAUCAGCCACCCUAUUGUCCACUCCCUUGUAUGUUACACAAUAAGCCAGGCCUACUUGAUGAUUGCAUGUUGAAUAAUGGAAUGUAGUCGCUGCUC